UCAUCCUUUGGGUUGCAGGCUUGUAGCAUGCUCUAUUUUCUUUCGUCUCGCACCCUCUGGAUCAUUGGGAAAUCCCACCGACGACAAUAAAAACGAUUCAGCUAGGCGGUGAGAAAACAAGGGCUAAGAGUUCUGAUUGCCCGUUGUGCUCCUGCUUGCAGAAAUCCAAUAGUUUUUUAGGAUUUUUUUCCUUCGUGCUCGCAAGAGUGGAUGGACCACGAAGAAAUUCUCGAUUUUUGGCUUGCUUCGCGAAUUGUAUCAUCGUGUGUCCUUAGUUUUUUGUAAUUAGGGUUUUUGAAAUCCAGUGCAAUCGUUCCUUUCAAUCCUUUUGUCCAUUUUGACAUCCGCGGUAAAUUCUUCAUCUGAAAAAAUCAUUGUAUUUUUAGCAAAACGAUUUCUUGCCGCAAAUUUUGAAUUUCCAUGCCUGAUUCGAGGUAAAUUAGGGUUUUAAUCGAGGAUUAUUAUCUUUGCCGUGACCUUCCGGUUCUUUUAAGCUGGGAACUUGGGGGGUUAAUAAUCAGGGUCCCACCGCCCCCGCCGGAGGAGAUGCCCGUGAUAGUGGUGGGAUGGAUUGCAGCAUCUGUGCUGCGGCUGGAGAUCUUUGGGUUAAACUGGCGGGUGUUGGUGUCGGACAGAUCGGUGGUUUCAGUCAUGAAAGUGAGCAUGAUUUGGCUGUAAUGGUCAGCGAUUUUUUGGAGAAUGGAAGUGGUGGAACUGAUUCGAGGUACAGCAGCGAUAGCGACUCCAGCUUCUCCGAUCUCGCUCAUCUUGCUGAGAAGAUUUCGUUCCAUAAGCAUAAAGUGGAUCAGUUUGAAAGUGACUUGUUGUCAAAAGUACAAUCCCUUCUACUUUCCAUCAACGAGAUCGACCUUCGUUUUGUUAAGUCAGGCCAGUGCAAUGCUAGCUGCAUCAGAUUUUCUCUGGUAAAGCUUCUCAGAUUUUCGGGUUAUGAUGCUGCUGUUUGUGCAUCCAAGUGGCAAGGUUGUGGGAAGGUCCCCGGAGGUGAUCAUGAGUAUAUUGAUGUUGUCAUACAUCAUGAUACAGGGCUCUCUGAACGCUUAAUAAUCGAUGUUGAUUUUCGGAGCCACUUUGAAAUUGCAAGAGCAGUUGAAUCUUAUGAUGUGGUAUUGAAUUCUCUUCCAGUAGUUUAUGUGGGCUCUCUGUCCAGGCUGAAACAAUUCCUUCAAGUUAUGGUAGAAGCUGCAAGGUCUUCCCUCAAUCAAAACUCGAUGCCUUUUCCACCCUGGAGGUCAUUUGCUUAUUUGCAAGCCAAGUGGCAUUCGGCCUACCAGAGAAUGUUCAACCCGGAUGAACAAAGUAUCCAAGAGACUGGUUCUUCUGAUCAUAAGCAGUGCAUGGGGCAUUUGAGAAGGCUAAAAUCUUCUCUCCAGUUGGAAGUUGAAGCAGAACGAUUGUUGAAGCCCAUGAACAAUGAUAAUAUCCGGAGGCUGAAGCUAGACAGGUUGCGGCCUUCCCCUUUCAGAACCAUAUGAAGAUGUAUAAAUUUUGGCAGGAGAAAAC